AUGUUGUCGAGUCAUUGGUCCCCAGGUCCCAAAAUCGUGCAUCAAGUGCCUGAAGAUACCAUCUGGACCACCAGCGAUCCCUCUGCCUCGUCCAAUGGCCCGCCCACCACCUCGUCUUCCAACGCACCGCUGCUGUCCUUUUCCACAAUCUCGCGCUUCGUGAUCCCUCGCCAGUCGCUCUGUGGGAACCUGAUCUCCCUGUCACCUCCGCCGCUCACGACGAGCACGCCUCCCACGCUCGUCCUGUCCUAUCCCAUCUGCCUGACUUCCUCCCACUACCCGCGCAAUGAGUUCAUCUUCAAUUUCGCCCUGGUCCUCGGUGACCCCGCCACCAUUGACGUGCCCUCGUACAAAUCCGUGGUCAAGAAACUGGCACACUUGAUGCGCAGCCUGGAGGAACAAUCGCACUUUUUAAGUGACGACACCGCACCCUCAAACUCGGGUAGGAUAUACAGCCUGUGCGAGAUGCUGAUGGAGGAUCUGAACAAUUACUGCGAAUGUAUGAUCCCUAUUGACGAGUUGAACACGUUGAACAUCAAGUUGUUUCCCACGCUGCCAAAUCCCGCCAGCGUCAAGCCCUGGCAUGUUCCCCUGUUUACCGUUAGAAUCGAGACCAUGGUGGACGAGAACUGGGACCUGACCAUGCUGCGAAUCAUCCCCUUUAUAAACGGCGUGAAUAGCGUGAAACGGAUCGCGGUUCUGGCGGACGCCGACCUCAAGCUCACCAAGAAGUGCGUCAAACACUUGCUCUACUACGGCUGUAUCUUGCUACUCGACAUCUUCAGCUUCAACGCCAUCUACGCCCCGACCGCCGAAUUUGCCAACAUGAUCGCCAAGGAUACCGAAAUGCAAAAGGAAUGCGCCAGGUACGUCAACACGGCGUUCGCACUGGGCGCCCAAGAAGAAGCCAUCAUCGACGGCGCCACCGAGCGACGAACGAGCGGCCUGACCAAUGCGACCAACCAAGAUGAAGAGAUAUGGCCCUUGACGGGCAAAGGUGACCCCGUCGACGGCGUGGGGAUUGUCCAGCUAUUCGCCAAUCUGCGACAGGGUCUCACCGUGCGGGAAUGGUACGCCCGGAACGCAAACAUGCUCGCGAACAUUGACAUGCGGCGGUUCGUCACGUUCGGGGUCAUCAAGGGCUUCCUCUAUCGGGUGCACCGAUACGCCAUUCGCACUCAGAAAGGAACGUUUUCCUAUGGACCCUCUGACGGAGAAACGGCCCAAUAUCCCGAUCUGACGCGGAGCAUGUCCAGCGAACGACAUCUCGCCGAAGAACCUUCGCCGCGAGCCAGACACAGACAGCACAAGCAUUCUAGGAGUGUUGGGAAAACGCACGCCGAGAUUCAGACCCUGAAUGCCCGCAUAGUGGAAUUUCUCGACGGUACCCACUGUUUCGAUGAGAUCUGUACGGAGCUGGGGAUCAGCGAGAAAGACCUCACGGAGAGGUUGAAGAGUCGCGAAAUGGGUGAGGUCACCAUUAUCUGCAAGUGA